AUGUUAGGAUGGAUCCAGUGCAGUCAGGACGUCGGCAAAUUGUACACAGAAUAUGAGGAAUGCAACAAUUACAUAACGGUGUUUUUCAAAAUGACCGACGAAAAGGUUUUGGUUUGUGGUACGAAUGCGUUCAAGCCACGAUGUAGACAGUACCUGAUAUCGAAGCAUGGCGACUAUCAGAUGAUACGUGAAUUUCCGGGCGACGCAUUGUCGCCGUUCGAUCCUCGCUAUGCAGUGGUCACUUAUUAUUCGCCGGACACCGACGCAGUGUACGCAGCUACCGUGGCGGACAUCUCCGGCUCGGAACCCCUUAUUUAUCGCAAACCGUUAUCCGGUUCGACCGCCGAACUGCGCACUCAAAGAAGUGACUUAAAGUGCCUGAACGAACCGACGUUCGUGUCGGCGGUCGACUACGGAGACGCAGUGUACUUCUGGUUCCGAGAAACGGCGGUGGAGUACCACAACUGCGGUAAGGCGUUGUACAGCCGGGUCGCCCGCGUGUGCAAACAGGACCAAGGAGACUAUCGCAGCGGCUCUGAUACCUGGACCAGCUACAUCAAAGCACGACUGAACUGUUCUUUGCCCGGUGAUAUUCCGUUCUACUUCAACGAACUGCAAGCCACCACUGACCUGAUUGCCUCAUCCAGGGACGGCAUCCGUUCAUCAUUGGUCUAUGCAGUGUUGUCGACGCCUGAAUCGAGUAUCCGCGCUUCGGCAGUGUGCGCGUUCCGAAUCGAAGACGUGCAGACAAUUUUCGAUACCGGUGCCUUCAGAGUUCAGCCCAACCCUGAAUCCAUGUGGAUGAAGGUGUUCCGAAGUGACCUGCCGAGUCCAAAGCUGGGCAACUGUUCCGUCAAUUCGAAGUCGCUGAGUGACGAGGUCAUAAAUUUUAUUCGUCAACACAAUCUGCUCGAUGAAAGCAUUCCGAAUUACUUUGAGCAGCCGCUCGUUGUUGACACUGCUUUGAGCUAUCGAUUGACCCAGAUCGCGGUGGACGGCGGUGUAAAGGCCGUCAAUGGUCAACGUUACGAUGUGAUUUUUGUGGGAACCGAUGAGGGCCGAGUGAUGAAGUUUGUCAACGUCGCUCAAGGAAGUCACGUAAAUACGGUACUUAUCGACGACGUGCGCGUUUUUCACGACCAUAUGCCGAUCCAAAGUCUGUUGGUCAAUCGUCAGGACUUUAGUAGAAGGCAGGAGGUGGUAACCGACAAUUCUUUGAUCGUCAUCUCGCGCAAUGAAGUGAGGAGCGUACCUUUGCAUCACUGUACGAAUCAUACAUCGUGCGCCUCCUGUGUCAAGCUACAGGAUCCUUACUGUGCCUGGGACGUUUCCAUCAGCUUGUGCGUCGGACAUACAGACGGCUUCUGGGCAGACCAUGGCAACUACGUGCAGGAUUUGAUGUCUGGGCGGUCUUCCUUUUGUUCUGAAAGCGACGACGAUGACAUGCCCGGUUCUCAGAUUGCCAUUAUCGAGUCCCCGUCCAUAUACUCGGCAGAAUGCAUGACCAUCGCGAUCAUUAUCACAUUGGCGAUCGCUUCAGCGGUUGCUUUCUUACUUGGCUAUCGAUUCGCUCGUUGGAAGAUCAAUUUGGACGAAGUGCCGAGCUACGAUUCGCCGCUACGAAAGAAUCUAAGGACCUGUGUCGACCACAGCGAUGCGUACACAACAGCCCUUCCGUCUAAGCGUUUGGACAACAACGUAAACACAGUAGUGUCAAUAGGCGGUCCAAAGUUGCAAAAAAGCCUUUUAAACCUGAACAAUGGAACGUUACCUAAAGGAUUCAAGGCCAAAACUGCUUACUUGUAA